UGUGUGUUCCCGCAGCGGCUGGUUGCGCGCGCGCGUGCGGAGGAAAGUGUUCAUUUCGGAACUCCCCGGUCGGCUCGUGACAAUCAGGACGCGGUAUCACUAACUCACUGGAGAGACUGGAGCUAGAGAGAGAGAGAGAGAAAGAGAGAGAGAGAGAGAGAGAGAGAGAGAGAGAGGAACGACUUACACCGAGCUCAAGUCUCAUGUCUGUAGCUUGAGCGUCCCGGUUUGACAUGGCAGCUGAGGAGAACGAAUGCUUGAGCCUCCAGCUCUCCAAACAGAGCUCUGAUCCUGUGAGGUCGUGGGAGUUGGAGUCCGUCCUGGCCAAUCGCACACUCAGUUUUGUGUCCCGGCUUGAGGAGCGCUACAUGUGCCCGGCCUGUGGUGACGCCAUUCUUAACCCCCACCAGACGGGCUGUGGCCACAUAUUCUGUGCCAAGUGCAUUAGAAUGUUCAUUGAGAGCAGUGACACAUCCAAAUGUCCCUUAGAUGGCAUUUUGAUCAAGUCUGAGGAGGUUUUUCAAGACAACUGCUGUAAAAGAGAACUACUAAAUCUUGAAGUUUACUGUAGCAACACUCCAGAUUGCACACAAAAGGUGCCUCUGUGUAAUUUGCAGAAACACCUAACUCUUUGUCAGUAUGAGACCCUGCAAUGCUCCAACCCCGGGUGCACUGACAUCCUGUUACGCAAGAAUGUACCAGACCACCAACGAAACCUGUGUCAGUUUCGCACAGAGUUCUGUCAAUAUUGCACAAAGCCAUACCCUAUUACCCAGCUCCAGGACCAUGAACAGAUGUCAUGCCCUGAAGCAGAAGUUCAAUGUCCCAAUAACUGCUCUCAGAUGGUUAAGAGGCAUAAGCUCAAAGGACAUAUAGAUGAGUGUCCAGAAGUGGAGACAGACUGUAUUUAUAAGCAAUAUGGCUGCACAGUCCGAGAUAAAAGAAGCAAAGUGAAAGUCCAUGAAUACACUGAAUUUAGCCAUCAUGUGCUACUUGUACUGGAGAGCAACAGCAAGCUUGCUAAACAGGUAGAUCAGCUGCAGCAGGACUUGGCCCUCCAGGAGAGGGAGCUGAAAGAGAGGAACUUGCUUGUUGCUAACCUUAACAGAGAGAUGACCAAGUGUGACAGCACAUUUUCUGCAAUUCAGAGGUCAGUGGUGGAACAGAGGGAGAGCGUCUCAAGCUUUAAACAGGAGCUGCAGGAGUUGCGUAAUGUUCUGGAUGCUGAGCUGGCUAAAGAGGAGCUGAGUGAUCUCCGAGCUUCACUCGACUCUCUCAGACAGCAAGUGGCAAUGACACAGAGCCUCAGAGAUCACCUGGGGGCUUUAGGUCAGACAUGUCAGCGGCACACUCGACUACUGGACAUCCAUGUGGAGCAGCUGCAGUGUAACGAGCAACGUUUUCGCCAACUUGAGUCCACGUCAUAUGAUGGAAAACUCAUCUGGAAGAUUCUCGACUACCAGCGUAGAAAAGACGCUGGCGCACCGCUCACCUCACCUCCUUUCUACACCGGCCGCAGCGGCUACAAGCUGAGUGCCCGCGCGUACCCUGAUGGGGACGGAAGCGCCCGGGGCACACACCUUUCUCUGUACAUCAUGGUGAUGAGAGGUGACUUCGACUCACUGCUGCCGUGGCCGUUUCGCCAGAGCGUCACACUCACCGUGCUAGACCAGAGCGGCUCACGCAACCACGUCAGCUGCAGCUUCACCCCUGACACCAGCAAAGAGAGCUUCCGCAGACCCACAGCUGACAGCAACGCCGCGUUAGGGUUCUCCCGCUUCAUCUCUCAUACUGACCUGGAAGGUCCCCGAAACGCCAUCUUCAUACGAGAUGACACUCUGUUUGUCAAAGUUAAGGUGGACACAACAGGGUUGGAGGAUUUGUAGUGCAUUCUGGAAGACAGCGUGGAUCUAGUAAAGCUGGCCUUUAUGAGAUUUUCUUUUCAGUCAGCUCCAAAAUCACUGGCACAUAUCAUGACAAUGUACAAACCUGUCUGUAAGAACCUGUAAUGAGUGAUAAACACCAGUUCUGAAAUUAUUGGCACUCACAUGAAUACUAGUUGUUGAAUCCUUGCUUGGAGAAAAUAACACAGGUUUUGUCCUGUAAUGUCUAAGAAGAUUGGAGACAUGAGUAAAGAAAAUCUGGAUCACUCCAUCAGGUAAAAAGCUUCUAGCUAUUUUAUAUGCGUAGGCUUGUACAUGUGGACAUCAUCUUCAAUUCACAUUACAGUUUUAAUAUCCAGAGUCCUUUUUUUAUGCAGUAGAGGUUUUUAUUUAUUGUCAUAGCAGUUUGUGUUGAUGUGGAGGUCAGUAUCUUGUUGCUUUGACCUCCUGGCAGAGCCAACCUUGAAUUUACAGUGCCAAAUUUUCCGUUAUUACAGAAAUUUCAUAUAUGCACAAAGGAAACAGAAACUGGUCAAAAUAAGAGCGUUCCUGAAGCAUUUCUUUCCUCUGAUGAUUUUUUUUUUAUUAGUUUUCACUGACAGGUGCUAAUCAUUUUGCAGAUAUGUAUUUGACAAAGAUCUAUUGGAGUCUUUUAAGUAUUUUCUCCUAAUUCACUGGAAAUGUCGACUGAUUGUGUGUUACACAAAUUUUAUAAUUAAUGUUUAAUGAUUUCCCCAUUCUCUCGAACGGGGCCUGUAAGUUAUUUUCAGCCACAGAUUAAGUUAUAUUUUUAUACUGAAUUUACUGGAAAAAAAGAAGAAAUAGCUCAGAGGACAAGCUGAGACACUGUAGCUGAUUGUGCUUUCUUAUAGUCUUUGUAUUUUUAUACAUGUUGUAUGAUUUUCUCAAAUAAAGAUCUGGUGCAUCUUCAUCAGUGUGAAA